AUGGGUUGGGACUGGAAAACGGCAGCGCAGCAAGCGACGACGGCAGAGCGGUGGUGGCGCACCACGCUGGCGCCGGCCACGCGGUGGUGGGUGCAGCUGGUGCUGGUGCUCGCGCUCGUGGGCCUGGCGCUGGUGGGGCUGGCGAUGCUGCUGCGGUGGGUGCGCGUGCGCUGGAGGAUGAGGACCCAGCUGAAGGGUCGCGUGGUGCUGGUGACGGGUGGGGCCAACGGGCUGGGUCGCCAGCUGGCACGGCAGCUGCACGCCCUCGACGCCAUCGUCGUGCUGUGGGACAUCGACGGUGACGCCCUUCGCAGUGCUGAGGAGGAGCUGAAGGAGAGGGUGCACACCUACCUCGUAGACCUCACCAACAGGCGCUCCAUCUACGAGGUGGCCAAGGAAGUCAUGAAAGACGUCGGCCCUCCGGACGUGCUGAUCAACAACGCGGGAGUGGUGAGCGGCAAGCCCAUUCUCGAGACCACCGAUGACGAGGUGCUACAGACGAUGGCCGUCAACGCGCUGGCGCCGUUCUGGACCGUGAAAGCCUUCCUCCCGUCCAUGAAGGAGCGCAAGUCUGGCCACAUAGUCAAUAUUGGCUCCGUGCUUGGAAUCUUUGGUGGCGCGCAGCUGACGGACUACUCGGCGAGCAAGUUCGCAGUGUUUGGGUUCACCGAGUGUCUGCGGAUGGAACUCAAGAGCGAAGGAAGCCCCAUUUGCACCACCCUCAUCUGCCCCUUCCACAUCGACACCGGCAUGUUCGCGGGGGUGACGGUGCCGUGGUACAGCCGCAUCCUGUUCCCGGUGCUGAAGCAGGGCUGGGUGGCCCGGAAGGUCGUGGAGGCGAUCCUGAUGCGCGACGAGGUGGUCCUCCUCCGGUACCAGUUCUGGUUGGUCUUCCUGCUGCGCGUGUUAGUCCCGCCGUGGCUCGUGGAUCGGCUGGGGCGAGUCUUGGGCUCCUACUAUGGCAUGAAGAGCUUCGUGGGCCACGCCAAGAAGCGCACCUGA